CUCCGCCCAGCUUCGGAAUGUGACGUGUGUGUGGGCGAGCACGUAACGGGCCGGCGGGAGCGCGCGUUGAGAUACCCUGGACUGUCACCCAGCGCACCAUGGACGAUAUCUUCACGCAGUGCCGCGAGGGCAACGCGGUGGCCGUCCGCCUGUGGCUGGAUAACACGGAGAACGACUUGAACCAAGGCGAUGACCACGGGUUCAGUCCCUUGCACUGGGCGUGUCGGGAAGGCCGCAGUAACGUCGUCGACAUGUUAAUAAUGCGAGGGGCCCGGAUCAACGUAAUGAACCGCGGAGAUGACACCCCUCUCCACCUCGCUGCGAGCCACGGCCACAGAGACAUCGUGCAGAAGCUGAUUCAGUACAAGGCGGAUGUGAACGCGGUGAACGAGCACGGGAACUCCCCUCUGCACUACGCCUGCUUCUGGGGGCACGACGACGUAGCCGAGGAUCUGGUGAAUAACUCUGCCCUGGUGUACAUCUGUAAUAAGUACGGCGAGACCCCGCUCGACAAAAGCAAAAACCACCUGCGGGAGAUUCUGAGAGAUCGCGCGGAGAAGUCGGGUCAGAACAUGAACAGAGUCCCCUAUAAAGACACCUUCUGGAAGGGGACAACUCGCACUCGGCCACGGAACGGUACGCUGAACAAACAGGCCGGCAUCGACUACACUCAGUUAACGCGGAUUCACAAGCUUAACGACAACCACUCCGGAGAGCUGUGGAAGGGGCGUUGGCAGGGGAAUGACAUCAUCAUCAAGUGUCUGAGAAUACGGGAUUGGAGCACAAGGAAGAGUCGCGAUUUCAAUGAGGAAUACCCCAAACUCAGGAUUUUCUCGCACCCCAAUGUUCUCCCGGUGCUGGGCGCCUGCCAAUCGCCUCCCGCUCCACAGCCCGUGGUGAUUACUCAUUGGAUGCCUUACGGAUCUCUAUACAACGUCCUGCACGAGGGGACCAAUCUGGUGGUCGACCAGUGCCAGGCCGUGAAGUUUGCCCUGGACAUUGCCCGUGGGAUGGCGUUCCUUCACACGCUGGAGCCCCUCAUCCCGCGCCAUUAUCUGAACAGCCGCAGCGUCAUGAUCGAUGAGGAUAUGACUGCCCGCAUCAGCAUGGCCGACGUGAAGUUUUCCUUCCAGUGCCCGGGCCGGAUGUACUGCCCAGCGUGGGUGGCACCCGAAGCUCUCCAGAAACGGCCGGAGGACAUUAACCGUCGCUCCGCCGAUAUGUGGAGCUUUGCUGUUUUGCUUUGGGAGCUGGUGACCCGCGAGGUUCCUUUCGCUGACCUCUCAAACAUGGAGAUCGGCAUGAAGGUGUCCCUCGAAGGUCUCCGUCCCACCAUCCCCCCCGGUAUCUCGCCCCAUAUCUGCAAGCUGAUGAAGCUCUGCAUGAACGAGGACCCGGCCAAGAGACCCAAGUUUGACAUGAUUGCUCCUAUCCUGGAGAAGAUGCAGGAGAAGUAACCCGUUUCCGCGCACGUGCCACGCGAUCACGUGACGUGCCACGCAAUCACAUGACCAUAGCAGCAUCUUUUCCUGAUCACAGCUUCGUAUUCCCUGCAGCGGCCGAGCAAGGUGCCACGCUCAGCUCUUUGCCAUUAACAGCCACCAAGUGCCUUCUAGAAGCUGAGGACGUCUUUAUAGCCAAGAGAGAUACUCGCGCAUGUACACAGACCCCACGCUCUCACGCGCUGCCUUAACACGUGAAAUUUACAUAUACACGCGACACACAUACAUGUGACGCGUGGCUGAAAAUUCCAGAAGUCUCCUCCUACUCGGGGGGAGAUUCACUAAGCGGUGAUAAGCGUGUGAAAUGUGUCUGCGCCGGCCCCGAGAGUCCGUAUUGUUACACAGGAGGGAAGACUCUUCGGCUCGGUGCCGCCGCUCUCUCUCUGGUGCUUUAUGGACUGCCUUGCCUGGUGGGGCCACCACCAGCCGUCCUGCCACCGCAGGAGCGCAUCAUACAGAAGCCGUGCUUGUUUUUAUUUUGGUUGCAGCAUUUUUUUUUUGUUUUGUUUUUUUGUGACCGAAAUGUUUAAUUUUUAAUGAGUUUAAGGAAGAAUUUUUUGGGGCAGCGCUGGUUUUCAGAGGAUCGUGGUCUCUGCAGCUCGGUAAGUGCUGGUGUCUGCAGAGCAUCGCUCGCUCUGGAUGAAGCAGCGUACCUGUGUCUGCAGAGCAUCGCUCGCUCUGGAUGAAGCAGCGUACCUGUGUCUGCAGAGCAUCGCUCGCUCUGGAUGAAGCAGAGUACCUGUGUCUGCAGAGCAUCGCUCGCUCUGGAUGAAGCAGCGUACCUGUGUCUGCAGAGCAUCGAUUGCUCUGGAUGAAGCAGCGUACCUGUGUCUGCAGAGCAUCGCUCGCUCUGGAUGAAGCAGCGUACCUGUGUCUGCAGAGCAUCGCUCGCUCUGGAUGAAGCAGCGUACCUGUGUCUGCAGAGCAUCGCUCGCUCUGGAUGAAGCAGAGUACCUGUGUCUGCAGAGCAUCGCUCGCUCUGGAUGAAGCAGCGUACCUGUGUCUGCAGAGCAUCGAUUGCUCUGGAUGAAGCAGCGUACCUGUGUCUGCAGAGCAUCGCUUGCUCUGGAUGAAGCAGGGUACCUGUGUCUGCAGAGCAUCGCUUGCUCUGGAUGAAGCAGCGUACCUGUGUCUGCAGAGCAUCGCUCGCUCUGGUUGAAGCAGCGUACCUGUGUCUGCAGAGCUUUGCUAGCUCUGGAUGAAGCAGAGUACCUGUGUCUGCAGAGCAUCGCUUGCUCUGGAUGAAGCAGCGUACCUGUGUCUGCAGAGCAUCGCUUGCUCUGGAUGAAGCAGCGUAGGCAUCACGCCUGCCCAUAUAAUGCUCCUUCCAUAUAUACUGUACUGCCACAUCGCUAUAUAGUGACUGUUCCUCGUAUGUAUAAAUAUAUAUCGGCGUGUAUCACGAUAAUGUGUAUCUCUCUAUACGUCGGGGGCCGUUCGGUCUCCGCGCCUCCCCUGGGCUGCUGGCCGUGGGUUAGCGGAAAGGGGUUGGAUAUUUUUUUAUAUAUAAAUAUAAAUUAACCCUGCGCACCUUGUGAAUGCUAAUAAAUAUUAUUUUAAAAACUCAAA